UGUGCGCUGCUUUUUAAUUAACCCGCGUCGCGUAAUCGGACGCAUCCAGCGCCAAAUCGUCGCUGACCUUAUAUGCACCGGCAGAUAGAGGUGCAUUUAGCCACCGGCGACUUCGUUUUCCUCCAGUCACUUUCACUCGACCUACAUUUUAUCUUCUACCAUUGUUGGCGCGGAGUGGAUUAAAUAUACGAAUGCGUGCUCCAGAUUGUGGAGUACGGGAUUGUUUUAUUCGCUGUCUUGUUGUUGAUUGAAUGUACAAAGUACAUACAUAUAUGACAUAUUGUGGAAUACUCACAUGCACAGGCGUACGGUUGUGUUUUGGUACGGCUUGGAUUUCACGACAAAGUUGGCAGUGAUAUAAGGACAGUAAUAUACCGCCGCAAGCGACCAUAUUCCAGCCCAGGAAAACCCGGCAUCUUAGAGCAUCUUAAACAAUCAUCCACUUUCACUUCCGAUUAUCCCAUUUUGCUGCUGCCGCGAUCUGUGGUACAUCAUGUAAGAGAGCAACAAGGACGAUUAUCAACGUGACCACAAUGCUAACACGCCGGCGUGUGUGUCAACAUGUUGAUUGCGCUUCCUUCACCGCCCACCCAAGACGCAGCAGCAGCGGCAUAACACACGUUCCGGAAUGCCAAUUUUUAUUGCCUAAAUCCUUUUAACCGAACCAUCGUCAUAUCGCUAGUAUAAAAUAACCCUGUUCCGCCUCAGAAACGCCACCACUUACUCCAUCCCCGUUUAAAUUUUCGACCACCGGAAGUGCUUUCUAUAUACAGCACGAUCGGAUUUUGCUUAUCAUCGUUUUUUCCGUAAUUUUGUAAUUUUUUUUAAAAACAUUUGUAAAAAUAGUAAUCUCAUAAGUAAGCCGGCAAUAUUUACCAUGGAUAGUAUAUGAAAUUAAUUGUAUCGUUAGCUAAAUUGUCUUAUGUUAGCCGCCUUCGUCGGGGAUGAUGAAUGUACAGAUAUCAGAAAGGGCACGCGUCUGGACAGUCAUAACAUUGUGUUUGUUGGGUUAUUUUAUGCCGUCUUGCUCGGCCAGUUAUGUCAACGAAUGGCUGCUGGAAGUGCCGGGUGGGCCGAAUAUGGCCAAGGAUGUCGGUGAUCAGUAUGGAUUUCAGCUUGUUAAACAGUUUUCAGAUGGCUUUCCUAACAUUUAUGUCUUUCGGAAAAAGCAUUGGCCGGCCCGCCGGAAGCGCGGAGUGGAUGGGAACGUUACGAAAUCUUUAACGACUGAUCGGCGGAUACGUUGGGUCGAGCAGCAAUCAGCGAAAGUGCGCACGAAACGUGACUUCAUUCACCGUGAAGCUGGCGAAGUGGACGUGAGUGGAACAUCCAAUGUGCUGCUGCAUCAGGACCUCCUGGAAGCCGGCAGCAGUGCCGGAACCGGACGCCUGCCGGCUAACAAGCAAUCACAUGCGCAAUCCGACACAUCGCUCUUCAAUGAUCCCAUGUGGUCACACCAGUGGUACAUGUUAGACGAACUGGUACCCAGCGGGCGUGCCAUGCGCUCCAUGAUCCCCUCGGACCCCAAAAUCAGCAGUCUCAACGUCUUCCCGGCAUGGCAGUCGGGAUACACCGGUCAGGACAUUGUAGUAACCAUUCUGGACGAUGGAGUGGAAACCAAUCACACCGAUCUGAUAUCGAAUUAUGAUCCAGAUGCAAGCACAGAUAUCAACGGCAAUGACCGGGAUCCAUCGCCGCGCUACGACAAUCCCGAGGACACCCAUCACGGAACGCGAUGUGCGGGAGAAGUGGCCAUGCAGGCUAACAACAACAUUUGCGGCGUGGGCAUCGCCUACAACGCCCGCAUCGGCGGUAUCCGGAUGUUGGACGGCAUUGUCACCGACCGGGUGGAGGGCGAGGCGUUCUCCUUCAACAACAACUACAUCCACAUUUACAGCUCAUCCUGGGGACCGAGCGAUGACGGGAAGACCGUGGAGGGACCGGGUCUGAUGGCGUCUAGGGCCUUCGAAAAAGGUGUCACCGAGGGUCGCCAAGGAAAGGGAGUUCUGUAUAUUUGGGCGUCCGGCAACGGAGGAAUUAACGGCGAUAGUUGCGCGUACGACGGGUACGCCUCUAAUAUCUUCACCCUCAGCGUCGGCAGCACCACGGAACGGGGACAUUUUCCUAUCUACGGGGAGAUCUGUGCGUCCACCAUGGCCGUAACAUAUUCCAGUGGAUCGCUCAAAGAGGGCAAAAUUAUUAGCACGGAUAUUCUGAACAGCUGCACAACCGAACACACCGGCACAUCCGCCUCCGCACCAUUAGCCGCCGGCAUGAUCGCCUUGGCACUGGAAGCGAAUCCCAGUCUGACGUGGAGGGACAUGAAGCAUAUUGUGGCGUGGAGUGCCGAUCCUUUUCCGCUGCUGAACAAUCCCGGCUGGAGCGUCAACGGCGCCGGAUUGCUGGUCAGCCCGGCAUUCGGCUUUGGUCUGAUGGACGCCAAUAAGUUGGUAAAAGCGGCCAAAGUCUGGCAGACAGCCCCGCCAAAGGUCAAAUGCGUUGUACGGAAAGCUGGCGUGGAAGAUCUUGCGUUUACUCACAACCGCCCGUUGCGGGUACAGGUUCGAACGCAGGCGUGCCACGAGAGCGGCAACGAAAUUAAUUAUCUGGAGCAUGUGGAGACCGUUCUGUCGCUUUCCCAUCCUAAGCGCGGUGCCGUGCGAAUAUUUCUGGAAAGCCCCAUGGGUACUCGCACAUUAAUCGCACCCCGCCGGGAUGCCGACGUGGCGCCGGAUGGUUUGAAUGGAUGGUCAUUUGUGUCUGUCCACAACUGGGGAGAAAAUCCACGCGGAAUGUGGACAGUCAUAAUGGAAAGUCAUGCGAAUCAGAGCAUCGGGUCGCUGCACUCAUUGCGGCUAAUCUUCCAUGGAACAAAGCAGGAGCCGGCAUCCACCCGCAUUCUCCGCGACUGGCGCAUCAAACAAGGCGCCGCUUUCCAUCCGGAUCUGAAUCAGCCAGUGGCUCCGCCGGUGGUGGCGCUCAUUUUCCCCACAUCCACACAGGAUUCGGCGGCAAAACCGGCAAAUCUCACGGCCGCGCCCGGUUCAUCCCAUACAUUUAUCGACUGGUUGAAAAGCUGGGGCUGACCAUUAUCGCAAUAUUUUUAUUUUUAAAUACAUAUAAAAAAAGAACAUUAAUGGCGAUUCUAAGGCUGUCAUAACUACAGUAAAUCGAUGAUUUCCAUUAAUACAUACAUAAAAAAUUUAGCCGCCCGCGCUGCGGUUGGGCUUUACCGAUGCGUUUUCAGCAUAACUAAGUACUGCGAAGCGGAAAAGUGAUCUCAAAAUGCACUGAAGUUAUUACAAGACGAAGUGUACUAACUUUUUGGCCGGUCUUCCUGUUCGUUGUUUGUAUCGAGGUUCUAUAUUUUUGCUCGGUUUAAUGCAGUGUGCGCGUUGACGAUUAAAAU